AAGUUCAGUUGCUUGUCUAGCUGCCGACCAGCACAGACGUGUUUGUCCGCCAUUGCUCAGUUUCCCAAGUUUCUGUGUUUUUUUUUUUGUUCGGAGAGAGAAGGAAUUUGUUGUUUUUUUUUUUUCUUCUUCUGAACGAGUUUUGAUGUGUGUGUGAGUGUGUGUUGGGAAAAAACAACAACUGAAUUUUGUAAGCAGUUUCUAGUGCCGUGUUGUGUUGUUGUGCCUAACGAUAAACAAAAUCCGACUGUUGUGAACGCACUUUUCUCUCAUGGGAUACAUUUGAAAAAAACAUAGCGGCCAACGCCAAAACGUUUCAGAACGAAAAAAAAAAAUUAACAAAGCAAAGAAAACAAACAAAAGUACAUUGAUCACAUGGACGACAAGAUGGACAACGUCGAGGCUGGACGUCGGCUGCAUGAAUCGAGCGUGAAUGACGUCGCCUCUGGGACGACGAGGACCGGAAACACCACACGCUGCUUGAUGGUUCUGCUCUUCCUAUCGGCUUUCAUCGGAGGAACGAGUGCCGCUCCAACGCAAGACGGAACUAUCCGGACGGAUAUUUCCGCUCUCUGCACGGAAUGCCCGGCUGGUACGGGUGUCGCCCGACUUUGUACGCUACGAGGUCGGUCCAAUCCGUUAGCGAUGGAUCACCAACUUCAUCAGAACGUAACGGAAGAAGAGCAAGACGACGAGGUAGUGGAAGAAAUGGCGACAAAGUGCGAGCCUUGCGUGAGCGGCGAAACGUUUAGCGAUUCGCCCAGCCGUCACUUGCCGUGUCGGGCGUGCCGGACGUGCCCGCCAAACAGCCGAGUCAAACGCGAAUGUAACGCCACUCACGACACGGAAUGCGAGUGCGAGCGAGACCAUUACCAAGAGAUCAGCUACCCGCAAACGGUCAUCACCAACGAACUGGCUCAACCGGAAGAGGGCGUCGUCGACGAGGCCACGACGCAGCCUCUGCACGCCCGCCACAAACACGGGGCUUCGUUCCGCCAACAACAGCCGAUCAUGAGCUGCAAAGCGUGCGAUCUAUGCCCGCACGGCUACGGAGCCGCCCGGGCCUGUUCGUCCACUCAAAACACGAUUUGCCGCAAGUGCCCGACAUCGACUUAUAGUUCCGUCCUCAGCGCCACUCACGGCUGUUCAGUCUGCACCGUCUGCCGAGACGACCAGGUCACGCUCCACGAGUGUACGCCCAUCCAGGACACUGUCUGCGCAGAUAAAGAUAUGGGCCAUCCUAGCCGUCGAGUCAUCACCAAACCGCUAGAUCCGGUCGUCCACCAGCAAGAAGAAGAAUACAACAAUGAAGGCAUCAUCUCCGUCUACUGCGCUAUUCUGGGAGCCAUCGUUCUCGGCCUGCUCAUCUAUGUCGUGAUGAAGCAAUGGCGUCUGAGGAAGGCGGCCAACAAGUUGGCUCACUUUCACGAUCCCGCUAGAGGACAUCACGGCAGUUCGGCGACGGUCCCCCUCAACGGAACGGCCGGCCAUCACGCAGCCAACAACGAAUUUUGCGGCUCCAAAUCGCCGACUGGGGGCCAUAACAAGUUCGAGUGCGAGAUCUCACCCAGUUCCAGCAGCCGGCGGCUGCAUCAACAACAUCCAGCCUUGCACGGACAAGGCGGAUCGGAAGGCGGUUCACGCGGAUCCCGUGGAUCUGAUUCUGAGUUCAACGCCGGAAUGGCAGCGCCCGGCAGCGACGGCUACGGCCGCGAGAUCAAGCCGAUUACUCAAGAGACUCGGCUGCGCGAAAUCUGCACGGCAAAACGGCGCGAGAUGGAGGCCAUGUUGAACGCCCGUCGAGACCAUCACGACUGGAAAGCUUUAGCCCGCGAUCUCGGUUACACAUCGACCCGCAUCGCAUCGUUCGAACAGCGGGCGCUGGAGAAGCAGACGGGUCCUACGAGGCAUCUGUUCGGUGACUGGGCCAAACGCGAGGACUCGACCGUACAAAAUCUCGUCUCGUCACUGUGCAACAUCGGCCGACACGACGUCACGCUGGUCCUCUUGCCGCCCAUCAACCAAGAGAAUCAUCAGCAGGCGACAUCCACGCAAUCCCGUCCGUCUAACAGCCUGCCGAGAACGACAACACGCUGUUACAAGCCAAUCAGCGUUGUGUAAUCUCUCCUGCACACCUAGUGGUUUCUGCGGUUUGUUCGCUCUGUAUAUCCCCGUCUUCUCCACCUUAUUAUAUAUGCACAUAGAUUUACGGAAAAUGGAUUUGUACAUAUCAAUGGCAUUUUUUUUUUUUUCAAAAUGUUUUCGGUUCUUCAACGUUCGAACCCAUUUCUCUCGGCGCAGUCAUUUUGGUGUUACUGUUUUUUGUUUUUUUUUUGUAAUCAGAGCCUCAAACAUUUUUUUUUCUUUUAAAUAUAAAUGUACAUACAUUUUUAUUUUGGCAUUCUUCGCCAAAAAGAGUAACGAGGAAAACCCCCCGUCAGAAGACUCCUGAUAUUAUUGUUACCCCCCUCCUUUAGGCCGCCUUUUUUUUUUUUUUUUUUUUCAAAUACUACCAAAUCAAGUAGAUGUUGGAUGUUAUCGAACAGUUCCCCGCAAUUCGCCGUUGUUUUUUAACUAUGCAAAAAAUCGAAAAUCAAAGAGUUUUUUUUUUUUUUUCUUCUUGUCUUUUUCACCUGUUCCUCUUUCUUCACGUGAUAUGUUCCCACCCUCCAAUCCCACGCCGAGUAUUAUAGUUAUCGAAAAGGAAGCAAGAAGAAACAUUUUCCGCAUGUGUAAACGAAGACGUUUUUUAACGGUCGACAUAAUGCAAAUGUUAGCGUGUCAUUAAAUCGUAAAGUUCGGUAAAGGUAAAAACAAAAAAGAAAA